CCAUUUUGUCUUCCCCAACUUACUAGGUAGUCAUUCGGAUUUGAUGUUGCCAUAAUGAAGUCGACCACGGCGUCCUGUUCUGUGAUAUUUGUGGCCCUGCUGCUGGCAGCGGUGGAACCAAGCAAAGCGUACAAAAUUCUCGGCCUGUUUCCCCAUCCCGGGGAAAGCCACUUCCAGUUCUUCGAACCGAUCCUGCGCGGAUUGGCCGCAGCCGGCCAUGAGGUUACCGUCGUCAGUCACUUCCCGAAAGCCAAUCCUCCCGCCAAUUAUACGGAUCUACCGCUGGACGGCAUGAAGCUGCUGACCAAUUCGGUCAGCUUUGAGCUGUUCGAGUACCGUCCAUCGUUCUCCCACUUCAUGGAGUUCUUCAUGCUGUACGAUUGGGGUAAACAGGCUUGCGAAAAUGCGCUUAAUUCGGAAACCAUCAAAACGUUGGUAGAGUCGAAGGUCCAGUACGAUCUGGUGCUGGUGGAACAGUUCAACAACGACUGUAUGCUAGGAGUGAUCCACAUGCUAAACGCCCCCUUCAUCGGGCUCAGCAGUUGUCCCCUGAUGCCCUGGCACUACGAUCGGGUUGCGAACCCACAGAUUCCGUCCUACAUCCCUUCGCUGUUCAUGGGAUAUUCGGAAAAGAUGAGCUUCUUCGAGCGGAUGGCCAACUGGAUGACGGUAUUCUUCUUCAAGGAGAUGUACAGCUGGUUCAACGAUCACGCUGCCAAUACCAUGCUUCGAGCGCGUUUCGGCAACGAUAUUCCGGAUAUCAAGGAUUUGCAGAAACGGACCAGCAUGAUGUUCGUGAAUCAGCACUACUCGCUCAGCGGGCCGAAACCGUUAUCGCCGGCCGUCGUCGAGGUGGGAGGAGUUCACAUCCAGGAAUUCAAGGAACUGGACCCGGAGUUGAAGCAGAUGCUGGACCGAGCCGAUCACGGAGUCAUCUACAUCAGCUGGGGUUCCAUGAUCCGUGCCGCAACGCUCCCCGAAGAGAAACGCAACGCCCUGCUCAGCGCGCUGGGCUCGCUAAAGCAACAGGUCAUCUGGAAGUUCGAGAACGAAACCCUACCCAACCAGCCGGCCAACGUUUUCAUCCGCAAAUGGAUGCCGCAGCGUGAAAUCCUCUGUCAUCCCAAGGUUCGCGUGUUCAUGAGCCACGGUGGACUGUUGGGAAGUUCCGAAACGGCCUAUUGUGGCGUUCCGGUCAUUGCAACGCCUAUGUACGGUGAUCAGUACAACAAUGCAGCUGCUCUAGCCCAUCGGGGGAUGGGCGUGGUGCUUCCCUACGAAAAAAUCACCCAUGAUACGGUCUACGAUGCGCUGCAGAAGGCACUGGAUCCAAAAAUGAUGGAAAACGCCAAGAAGGUGUCGUACUCUUAUCGGAAUCGACCCCAGAGCCCGGUUGAUACGGCAGUCUGGUGGUGUGAACAUGUGGUGGCCACCGGAGGGCUUCCACUGGCUAAGUCCUACUCAACCGAGUUGCCCUGGUACUCGUAUAAUCUGAUCGAUGUGCAGGUUGUGUUCUGGACUGGACUGACGAUUUACCUCUCUCUGUACGUUUUGGUGAUCAAACGGAUAUGCUUCCGGGGAGUUUCCAGCUUCGGCAGCAAAGUGAAGAAGAACUAAAGUUACCUGAGUUUAGGUAGAGACGUUAAUUCUAGACUGUGCUAGAUAGAGUCGAUACAAAAAUACACUUCUAGUUAGAUAUUUCCGUACUGUGUAUGCACGAUUUUAUGAAAAUUCGGAUAAAAUAAAAACAUUUUUUACAAAUAACUA